CAUACGUCCGUCCUCGCCACUGAAACAGUGAAAUUCGUUCAAGCACUAGAAUCAAAAUCUCAUCCUAUAUACCUGGGGCAUUCUCUGCUCAAGCGCCUGUUACUGCUCAGUCUUCUCUCAAAUAACAUCAAGCAGUCAGCCUUCAGCGCUCCUCAACCUUGCAUAUUCAAUGCGGCAUUGACAAGUCAUGACAUCUCUUGAAAUUCCCAUGAACGAUGAACCGAUAUCCCAUACACUCUCCCAACCGACUUUUUCACCUACAGAACCAACGACUCACAACACGCGGUCGUCUUCUUCUUCUGCUACGUCCAGCCUCGUUGCUCCUGCGCAGCCACCCUCCUCUCAAGCAACAUCGUGGACACGCAUGGACUCCACCAACGAUGAUAAUUCAGGGGCAGAGCAGUUGGAACUGAGAAAACUGGAUAGUUUUGAAGAGGAGCACAGGGACGCCCCAACCGAGCAGCUGCCACUCAGCCCACCACUCACUCGCGUACCUACCAACGACAGCACGAGCGCGCGCAUCCUAACACCACCGCUGGAAAACGAAGAAAGCCAGGGUCUGGAGGAGGUGGACAUUGUUGACCAUGAUUGGCAUCCCCUUGCACGCGCGGAGUCACCAACCAAGGUUGACGGCUUGUCCUUACACGACCAUGAUAGCCUCCAUAUCGGUUCAGAGACAGAUAAGAAGCCUCGGAGGCGAGCAAAUCGUAAACCAGCGCAUCUAAAUCUUGAAUUUAGGGAGCCUUCGCCUCAGCCCUGGGAUAUCAUCGAUCCGCCACUUGACAACAAUGACCGCGUCGAACCUGAAUAUUACUCACCUCUAAGGUCUCCAAUGUUCGCGUCACAACAACCUGGGCGCCGGCGACCGUUGAUUCCCCACUCAUCGUACUACUAUGGCCCACCUCCAUCAGACUCGGCUUACGGAACACCACCAGUUGGGCAAAUUGGGGUUCACCACCCUCGAGAAAUUGUACGCAUUGAACGGGAUUAUGCCGCAGGGGAAUUGACUCAGUUCUCUUCAAUAUAUCCCAUCGAAUUUGACGGCCGAAUAACACCGACCCAAUUCAUGGAGACCAUCAACGACAUCAACGAGAUUCUCAUAUCCGCACAUAGCGUCCGGCAUUCCUUUAUAUACAACUUCCUCGCAGUUGCCACCCUGCACCUCUCGACAUUUCUACUCACGUCACACUAUGAUAAGGAGAUGCGACGGCUACAGCAAAGGAUCGAGGGAAUAAAUACCCAAAUUUAUAACCCCGUUGGCCUAAACAUUUUGUGGCCUCGGAACGUGGCUUUUCUUUUCGUACGUGUUUUUAGUACCGAGGCGUCCCUGCGCUCAUUAUUACUUCAUGACGAUCCGUCGCCUGAUACCAACAGUUAGAGAUUGAAUACUAUUGACCUUUUCGAGCGAUAUUGAUACCAGACACAUUUCAACGACACACUUAUUGUACAUCAUCUUGCCUAUGUCAUCGGUACAUGGAUAAUUUAAUAGGCCAAAAUGGGGAGUAUUGGUUUGCUAACUUGUGCUAACCACAAGUUGAACUGCUACCGAAACCAAUUGUGUC